AUGGAGGUAGGCGCCGGGGCCGCGCCGCACCCCGAUACCCUGCCUCGCUCCGGUGACAACUCCGGCGUGACCACCCUCGACCAGCUUCUCUCGCUCCGUUCAGGCGGAUCGGUGUCUACGGCCACCAGCGAAGUCGACCCGUCCGGGCACGUCGUCGUGGACGUGCAGCCAACGGCCGACGACAACGAUGAUGGCAGUACCACAGUUGAUGACUUGAUCUGCCGCCCGGCCGUCCACUUCCUGCUGGCCUUUGACGACCUGACGUACAACGUCAAGCGGCCGACGAGAUCAUUCAACCGGAGCCACCGGAUCCAGCGCGAGAGCCUCCGUGGCGCCGUCACGCUCAACGGCGACGCUCUCGACAGCCGCCUGCUCAGGGUCAUCUCGGCGUACGUCAUGCAGGACGACCUGCUGUACCCCAUGCUCACUGUCGCGGAGACCCUCAUGUACUCGGCCGAGUUUCGGCUCCCGCGCUCGCUCUCCACGUCCAAGAAGAGGAGCCGCGUCCAGGCGCUCAUCGACCAGCUCGGCCUGCGCGCCGCGGCCAACACCAUCAUCGGCGACGAGGGCCGGCGCGGCGUGUCCGGCGGGGAGCGCCGCCGCGUGUCCAUCGGCAUCGACAUCAUCCACGACCCCAUCAUCCUGUUCCUCGACGAGCCCACGUCCGGGCUCGACUCCACCAGCGCCUUCAUGGUGGUGAAGGUGCUGCAGGGCAUCGCGCAGAGCGGCAGCGUCGUGAUCAUGUCCAUCCACCAGCCGAGCUACCGCAUCCUCGGCCUCCUUGACCGUCUCCUGUUCCUCUCCCGCGGCAAGACGGUGUACUACGGCCCACCGGCUGCGCUACCUCCCUUCUUCUCGGAGUUCGGCCACCCGAUCCCCGAUGGCGAGAACCCGGCCGAGUUCGCGUUGGAUCACAUACGCGAGCUCGAGGGCACCCAGGCCGGGACCAACGACCUCGUGCAGUUCAACAAGUCAUGGCAAGAGAAGCCGCUGUCCCGUGCCGUCUCGUCGGCAAGCACGAGCCCGCUCGGCAAGCCGUCGCUGUCGCUUAAGGAGGCCAUCAGCCUGAGCAUCGCCCGCGGCAAGCUGGUGUCCGGUACCAGCGCCGCCAGCACGCAGACGGCGGCGACAGCCGAGGUGGCGACGUACGCGAACCCGUGGUGGGUGGAAGUGUGGGUGCUGACGCGGCGGGCGUUCACCAACACAUGGCGCACGCCGGAGCUGUUCGUGCUCCGGUUCGGCGCGGUGGUGGUGACGAGCUUCAUCCUGGCCACCAUCUUCUGGCGGCUGGACAACACGCCCAAGGGCGUGAACGAGCGGUUCGGCUUCUUCGCCAUCGCCAUGUCCACCAUGUUCUACACCAGCGCGGACGCGCUGCCGGUGUUCCUCAUCGAGCGGUACAUCUUCCUCCCGGAGACGGCGCACAACGCGUACCGCCGGUCCUCCUACACACUGUCCAACGCCAUCGUGGCCUUCCGGCCGCUGGUGAUCCUCUCGCUCGCCUUCACCGGCAUCACCUUCUUCGCGGUGGGGCUGGCGGGGGGCGCAGAGGGGUUCGUCUUCUUCGCGCUCAUCGUGCUGGCCUCCUUCUGGGCGGGGAGCGGCUUCGUGACGUUCCUCUCCGGCGUGGUGCCGCACGUGAUCAUCGGGUACACGGUGGUGGUGGCGGUGCUGGCCUACUUCCUGCUCUUCAGCGGCUUCUUCGUGACGCGCGACCGCAUCCCGGGCUACUGGAUAUGGUUCCACUACCUGUCGCUGAUCAAGUACCCGUACGAGGCGGUGAUGCAGAACGAGUUCGGCGCCGACCCCGGCAAGUGCUUCAUGCGAGGGGUGCAGAUGUUCGACGGGACGCCCAUGGGGAAGCUGCCGGUGGCGACCCAGGUGACGGUGCUCAACGCGAUGAGCAAGUCCAUGCGAAUCGACUUCAACAGCAGCUCCUGCAUCACCACGGGGACGGACAUACUGGCCAAGCAGGCCGUGGACCAGCUGGGCAAGUGGGGCUGCCUUUGGGCCACCCUCGCCUGGGGGUUCCUGUUCCGCAUCCUCUUCUACGUCACACUCCUGCUGGGGAGCAGGAACAAGCGGAGCUGA